AUGUUGCGCGACAUGGUCACGACGUCAUGCAUCGCCGAGAACGACCGAACGUCGGACCCUUUCGGCCAACUGUUGGAAGCUCCAAACGGGGUCGCCCCUGCAGCGAUCGGUACCGCGAAUGUGCCUAUUUUGGACCCAGUGGCUGCCCACGUUGCCAGACCCGACCUUCUUUUCAAGCUUGGUUCAACUGUCCCUGACAAUGCCGUUGGCUUGGUCCAGGCACCUUCCCAGCUUUCCGCUCGCCAUUUCUGGGCGCAGCCAGGGGCACUAGCCGCCCGGAUCCUCGAGUUUUUCAACUCCAAGUUCGUAUCCGCCACACAAUUGCUGGAACGGCCCUCGGUCAGCAUCGGUUCGAGCGUUUCAGAAAGCUGCGCGACCCACAUCAGCUCGAAGUUGUGA